GCACGAGCAGUAUGCCAUGUACCUACACACAGAUUGAAAUGAACACGAAGCGCAAUUGAGCUGUACUUUACGUAUUUGACCUUCUUGGUCCAUGAAUCCGGGGCUCCGCAACUCCACGUGCCUCGGCACUUCCCCGCCAAAUCCGCGUUGGAGUCUGGACCCUGGCGAGUGAUGUCAACCUCCACACGUCCAACUCCGAGGCAAUCUCCAUCCUCCAACUGUGGCCUCGGUCCCCGGGCAACCUGCAUCUCGCUACUUCUUGUUCUCUUCUCGAGCUAUACAUCUUGAUUAAUUCCUUCAUUGGUGCCAUUGAGACUCCGACAGCGUUGACCUUCCACUCUCCCACACCAUCAACUCACCCUCCUAGAAAGUCUACUUCCUCCCGCAACCAUGGCCGCCGCCGACGUUCAGCUCCAGGACUUCUCGUCCCUCUUCUCGCUCAAGGGCAAAGUCGCCGUCGUGACGGGCGGAUCGCGUGGUCUGGGCCUCAAUGCCGCUUCUGCCUUCCUCCAGGCAGGCGCCUCCAUGGUCUUCAUCACAUCCCGCAAGGCCGCCGCCUGCGACGAGGCCGUCGCCGCCCUCAACGCCCUCCCCAACCUCGCCCCCGGCGCGCGCGCCAUCUCCGUCCCCGCCGACUCGAGCACCAUGGCCGGCGUCGAGUCGCUCCUCGCCCAGGUCAAGAAGCACACGGACAAUGUCGACAUUCUCUUCGCCAACGCGGGCGCCACGUGGGGCCAGGAAUUUGACAACCACCCCGACAGCGCCUUUGCCAAGGUCAUGGACCUCAACGUCAAGGCCGUCUUCAACACGAUCCGCGUCUUUGCGCCCCUCCUCGAGAAGGGCGCCAGCGUGCAGGACCCGGCCCGCGUCCUCAUCACGGCCAGCGUCGCCGGGCGGGGCGUGGGCACCCUCGGGAAGCAGGGCACGUACGGGUACUCGGCGAGCAAGGCGGCCGUCAUCCACCUGGGGCGGAACCUCGCCGUCGAGCUGGGACCCCGCCACAUCUCCGUCAACUCAAUCUGCCCUGGGUUCUUCCCCAGCAAGAUGUCCAACGGGCUGCUGAGCAUGAUUGGCGGCGCGGACAAGCUGGCCAAGAGCAACCCCAUGGGUCGGCUUGGGCAGGGCGAGGACAUUGCCGGCAUAGUCGUCUAUCUGGCCAGCCGGGCGGGGAGCCACGUCAACGGAGAGGCCAUUGCCAUUGAUGGUGGCGCCAUGUGGCAGUCGGGUGAGGUUUUCCAAGCGGGCGAGUCGCAGUCAAAGUUGUAGAGUAUUUUUUUUUCUCUUCUUUUUUUUU